UUUAUAAAGUCAAAUAAAGAAUCAACUCGACCUAGAAUCUCCAAGCCACUCUGUAUUCUGUUCUCUACUCUCUCCGUCUUGCCUCUACCUUCACCUUCGACCUAGAAUCUCAAAGCCGCAGUAUAUUCUGUUCUCUGCUCUUCUCUCCUUUCUUUAUCUCCACCUUCACCUUCGACCUAGAAUCUACAAGCCACUAUGUAUUCUGUUCUCUACUCUCUCUGUCUUUACCUCUACCUUCACCUUCGACCUAAAAUCUCAAAGCCGCAAUAUAUUCUGUUCUCUGCUCUUCUCUCCUUUCUUUACCUCCACCUUCACCUUCGACCUAGAAUCUCAAAGCCGCAAUAUAUUCUGUUCUCUGCUCUCUCCUUUCUUUACCUUUACCUUACCUUUAUUAUUCACUCACAUUAUUAAACAAAUUAUAGAAAUGAGAAAAUUCUUAGUAAAGUGAGAAAAGUCAAAGAACAGCAAUCCGAAGUAGAAAGGAAAUUUGCGCAGACAAAAAGCAUCGCCAUCUGUAGAUAAUAUACUCUUAGCAAAGAAAGGGAAACCGUAGAUUGAAACAUGAAUCAAUGUAUUCAAGGGCUGAGGAGAUACCUGAAUAAGCCCUUGAAUACAUUGGAAAAGUGUUUAUUAGAUGUACUGAGCAAACAAUGUGGCCACUUGGCAGUGCAUAUAUAUACACCCAAUCAUCAUAGAAAUUGAUCAAGUGAGGCUCUAGCGCAACUUCACUGAAACAGAGAUGGAGAACAAUCAAUCAAGCAUUGAUCUUGGGUCUGAAAGUAAACAAGGAGUCGGUCACUCUACUAUAAUCCAAGCUGCCAUCGGCUCUCUCGUAGUUAUACUGCUCACCACCAUUCAAGUUUUGUAUCAAAACGACGAUAAGUCUCCCUUCAAAACGCACGCUCUGAUAAUGAAGAUUUUCAUCGUCUUUGCCUUCACCUACACUUCACUGACGGUGGCUGUAAUAGCCCUACAAUCCCAUUGCACGAGCUACCUUCCUCUACUGAACCAUAUCGGUUUCGUUUUGGGAGCUCUCGUCUGCGACUUCCUUCUCUUGAUACUCCUCCCUCCAUUUGGCUACUUUGUCUUGCUUUUAUGCAUCCUCAUGCUUCUAAUAAUAUUACUCAAAUCGUAUCAGCAGAUAUUUAAGUUGUUACGCAGUGUAGCUACGCUAGAGUCAAACAGAGCGGGGGACUUGCUUCAUAACAUUUAUGGGUGUACAUGCGCAAUGUGUCUAAGGAUUCAACUUUCCCUCCCACGCAGUACCAUUGGGUCCCGGGAUCAGGGCCACCUUGAUUAUGACCUUGAACUGAAUGAAGCAACAAACUAAUAGCUUCUGGUGGAAUGCAAAUCCGUCUGCCCUUUUUAUAAGAUUAUGCCAUGCCCAUAGGACUUAAUGGCAGUCUUUGUUUGUCAAGUCUCUUCUUUUUCCCGUCCUGAUGUUUUCCCUCGUUUACUCUCCAGCCUUUAUUCUUUGCUUAUUCUUCUGUGGUGGCGGAGUUUUAGACGACGGGAGUUUUGACUUUCGCCUGAGUUUUUAACCGACGAGUAGUUCAUGGAGAAGAGUAAAGCUAAGAACAAUCCCAAGUAUCCCAAAAAUGGCUCUGUAUUAAAGCUUGACGGUUCCAAGUCAUUGUUUCCGUACGAGUUUCCUUACAGGUUUUGGGUCUUUUGGAUUCUCCUCGGAUCUAAGUUCUCAGUCCGCUAUGAGUUCUACCGAAACAGAGAAUGACAAAGAAGAUCAUCUUUAAUAUCUUCCGCCUGAGUUUUUAACCAACGACCACUAGUUCAUGGAGAAGAGUAAAGCUGAGAACAAUCCCAUGAAUCCCAAAGAUGGUUUUAGAUUAGAGCUUCGCGUUUCCACGUCUUUGUUUCCGUACAAGUUUUUAAGGGAUACAAAUUACUAAUAAAUUUUUGUGGGUAGGCAAUUUGCACUCCUUGUGGUGACUCC